GUUUCCGUUGCUGAUUAGGCGUCGAUGCUCCUGUUGGCCUUUGCGACUGUGUUUGCCGACGAAGCACCGGCAAAAAUGGACGUCGUCGUCAGCGUCGCGACACCGUCAAAACACGACACGUCACUGCUGCAGACCCAUACCGACACUGUCGCUGACGAAUCAGUGUCAAACAUCAGCACUCUUGGAUUGCUGGUUGACAAUGGCGACACGAUUCCUUCCGCUGGCGGUCACUACAGUGGCUACGCGGGGGCCUGGGGCCACUCCAAAAAGGGCGGUGGCCACAAGAAACACGGCCACCGGAGCAAGAAGGGCCACAAACACAAGAAACACGGGAAACACGCAAAGAAACAUUCUGCUGGUCACAAAAGCAAACACGGAAAGCACAAAAAGGGCUACCAUCAAGGCAAGAAGGCAUUUGGCAAAAAGCACAAGGGUCACUACAGUGGCUACGCGGGGGCCUGGGGCCACUCCAAAAAGGGCGGUGGCCACAAGAAACACGGCCACCGGAGCAAGAAGGGCCACAAACACAAGAAACACGGGAAACACGCAAAGAAACAUUCUGCUGGUCACAAAAGCAAACACGGAAAGCACAAAAAGGGCUACCAUCAAGGCAAGAAGGCAUUUGGCAAAAAGCACAAGGGUCACAAAAAGCACAGCAAACAUUCCAAGGGAUCCAAAGGAAUGCAUAAGAAGGGACACAAAAAGAAGGGCUUCAAGAAGGUGUACAAGAAAAUAGAAGAAGGCCACGUGAAGAAGUACUAUGACACCAAGAAGCACAAGAAAUUCCAUGACAAGAAAAAGGCUGCCAAAAAGCACUCCUCUGGAAAGAAGGGCAAAAAGUACCAAGACAAGAAAUACAAGAAGGGAAAGAAAGGAUCCAAGCAUGGCAAGAAAAGCAGCUUCAAGAAGGGAUCCCACAAGCACAAAAAGGGAGGCAAGAGCUCCAAGUUCGGCAAGCACGGCAAGUACGGCAAGCACAGCAAGCACGGCAAGUCGAAAAAGGCUGGACACAAAAAGAAACACGGAGUGUACAUCAAGUCCAAAAAU